AUGCUCAUUCUCACGUGCACUCUUUCUCUUGCCAGACAAAUACUCUCGGAUAAAGUUAGUUACUUUUGUGUAAUUAUAUGCAUUUACUUUUAUCUAUCUGGUUGGAUCACCACAAGUGACACAGCGGUCCAGUUGAAUAUGCCUAGACUUAGAUACUAUCUACAGCGGAAUGCAAAAUUGCUGCUGUUCAUCACAUUUGUUUGUUUAUUGGUUUACCUCAAUCUGAAAAAUUCAGAAGUCAAUACACAGUCUCAGUCGUCAUGGAGCACCACCUCAUUGAAAUACCGGCCAUACCACCAACUAAUUGACCCAAACUUACCACUAGAGGAGAAAUGCCGUGCUUAUUUCACCCAUUUGUUCAAGGAGCAGCCAGAUUGGAAGUUGACGCCAAAACUAGGCAAGUCCUACCCACAUUCAGAGAAGACCAAAUCUGAAGACUUGGUCCAUUUGAAUCUCUACAACCAUUGCUACAUGUCUAACGAUUUUGCCAUUGUGCCGGAAUGGGACGAAAAGAUGUACCCAUAUUUGAGCAGGAAGCUUCCUGUGUUUCAGCACUGGAGCGGUGUGCAGAGCUAUGGGAAGCCAGAGAAAGGAGAUGCAAAAAUAGACGAGCUCAGUGUGGAUAGCUACAAACGCCAGGGGGUGAGCAUGGAACCGGUGGAUAAAGGAGUCCCCUUUUGGAGGUAUUUCAAGGCAAACAUUGAAGGAAGAGGUAUAGUUUUAUCAUCGUCUGAUGACUUUAUCACGGAAACAGUAAAACUGAUGGAUAAUUUGAAGACACUCGGUAACGAGUUACCAGUUCAAAUAGUCCACCGUGGCGACUUGUCAUAUGCCAAUAGACUGAGAUUGUCGAAAAAAGUCAGAGAAGAGAAUGGAUUGCCUUUGUUCGACCUAUGGUUUGUUGAUGUUUCCCUAUGCUUGAACGAUGUCUACAAAGAUUCGUUUGAUGGUUAUUUCAAUAAGAUGUUGGCAUAUUCAUUCAAUUCCCUCAAGGAAAUUGUACUGCUGGAUACAGAUGUGGUUAUAUUCAAACCGCUGGAUAAACUCUUUGAAUCCAAAAUAUACUCAUCGUCCAAAACCUUGUUCUUCAAAGAUAGAAGUACCGAAAUGAGAAUGAGUGACGAGUAUAUCAACUUCAUUCAAAACACAGCACCUUCAUAUUUGGACCACACGAUUUUCGGAGCGCCUUUUGUUGAUUUGAAUCUAUUUGAAACCGAAUACUUCCAGUUACGGUAUUUCCAUUAUAUGGAGGCGGGCCUCUUCCUGAUCAACAGGGAAAUAUACUGGAACGGUGUUCUGAUGGCUCUAUGGUUGUCGAAUGUCGAGUCUUUCAAAAUGGCUAGCUGGGGCGAGAAGGAGCAUUUCUGGCUGGGGUUGGUGAUGUCUGGAGAGGAUAGUUUUAAGUUCGACAAGUACUGGACUGGUAACGUUGGGAAACUUGUAGCCACUGAUAAUGGCAGACGACACAAGAUAUGUUCUGCCCAUCCGGCACACAUUUUAUCUGAAAGUAACGAACUGGCUUGGAUAAAUUCAGGGAUUACCAACUGUGAGAAGGUCAACAAUGAAGUUUUGGCACAUGAUAUUGAGAAAAUCUUUGAUAUUGGGUACAACAUCCAGAGCAUUCCUGCACUCGAGAGAUAUUACAGACAGCCCAUUUCAUUUGAUGCAUUCAUUGUCCCUCCCGAAUACAAGGUAGCUACAGAUUACCCGCCUACGGAAAUCAUGGAUUUGUGUAGCAGGUACUACUACUGUGUCUAUGAUUCUAUUGGGCCUGAUCAUGACCAACAGGGGAUCAAAUGGGAAUUUUCAAAGCCUCAAAUCAAGUGGUACAAUGUUGUUGCCGACCGUUACGUGCAGGCAUAG